AGUGGGAUGCUUGAAACCUGGAAUCAUCUCAAAAUCCAGAUGCUCAUCGAAGAAUUAAUCUGAAUUGUGAGCUUGGUGGUGUUUAUAAUCUCUAUGGUGAGAUAAUUAUCAACAAAUUUUGAUUGAAUUGAGCAAAAAAAAAAAAAUGAUUUCAAAGCAAUCCGAGAAAGAUAAUGAGGAUGCUGGUGUGGAUGCUGAUGUUGAUGCUGGUGUGGUUUCUUCUCCCAGGCCAGUUCGUACAAGUGAUAGGCUCCGAACAAGGACUAAAUCAAAACCAUACAGUCGGUAUCCAUCGUUGUAUACCAAGGCGAAACGGAGCAAGACGAAAACGAGGAAAGCGGCUUCUCAGAUUGCUAAGGUUUUUGACACCAACAGACAGAACAACUCGGAUUCUGUUAUGGCAAAUGUUCGGCGUUCUACAAGACAACGGAGAGUUUCUUCAAGUCUUUAUGGUUACACAGACAGUACAGGAUCGGAGGAUACUGACCUAAUGGCUUCCAAGUACCGAAGUUCUAGGAGCAGGAACAAUAGCAGUGUCAGGCAUAAAGAGAAGAUGCCUCGUCGUGAAGGACUGAGACCUCGGCGUGACGGACUCCGACCUCGUCGUUCUAAUGCAGGUUCAAGAGGACAACUAAUUAUUGAAUCUGAUGAUGAACUUGAUCCUUAUGAGGAGAAUAAUGGACAGGAAAACGGCAAUGAGAUGGAGGAUAAUGAUGCAGAUGAUGGUGAGAGUGAGGAGGGUGGUGCUGAGGGUGAUGGAGAUGAUGAAGGUGAGGGUGAAGAUGAAGGAGAGGAAGAUGGUGAUGAUGAUGAUGGUGAAGAAGAGCAGGAGGGUAGGAGACGGUAUGAUCUUCGAAAUCGUGCAGAGGUUCGAAGGCUAUCCCUUGAAGAGGGUAAGCAAAGACCAAGAUCUCCUAGAAGAGUACUUCAGCAAGGAGUAGGGACAAAGCACAGUAGGGAUGUUAGAAGAGGUGGAUCGCGAGUUCAUAAACGUCAUCGCAUUUCGCGAGCUGAAGAUUCAGAUGAUUCUCUUCUUGUGGAUGAGCUGGACCAAGCAAUGCCCAUGCCAUGGUCAAGAGGGGCGAACAGGUCUGGUGCACCGCCGUGGCUUUUAGGGGGACCAGAUAUGCAUGGGACAUCUGCAUGGGGAUUAAAUAUUGCUGCAUCGGGCUGGGGUCAUCAGGGUGAUGUUUUGGCUAACCUAGCUUCUGGUGUUCAAACUGCUGGACCAAGUUCCAAGGGAGGGGCUGACAUUCAACCUUUACAGGUUGAUGAAAGUGUAAGUUUUGAUGACAUAGGAGGGCUUUCAGGGUAUAUCGAUGCUUUGAAAGAAAUGGUCUUUUUCCCACUGUUGUAUCCUGAUUUUUUUGCUAGUUACCACAUUACCCCUCCGAGGGGAGUGUUGUUAUGUGGUCCUCCUGGCACGGGGAAAACACUCAUUGCACGAGCAUUAGCUUGUGCUGCUUCAAAGGCUGGGCAGAAGGUCAGUUUCUAUAUGAGGAAGGGUGCCGAUGUGCUUAGCAAAUGGGUAGGUGAGGCUGAACGACAAUUGAAGAUGCUUUUUGAAGAAGCCCAAAGGAAUCAGCCAUCCAUAAUUUUCUUUGAUGAGAUAGAUGGGCUUGCUCCAGUUAGGUCAAGCAAGCAGGAGCAGAUUCACAAUUCUAUUGUGUCAACUCUGCUUGCCUUGAUGGAUGGUCUUGAUUCACGGGGGCAGGUGGUUUUGAUUGGGGCAACCAACAGGAUUGAUGCCAUUGAUGGAGCACUGAGACGGCCUGGUAGAUUUGAUCGUGAAUUCACGUUUCCCUUGCCUGGUUUUGAUGCCCGUGCUGAAAUAUUAGACAUUCAUACUCGGAAAUGGAAACGACCUCCCUUGAAGGAGUUGAAAUUGGAGCUUGCUGCCAGUUGUGUGGGAUACUGUGGUGCUGAUUUAAAAGCUCUCUGCACUGAAGCUGCCAUUCGUGCUUUUCGUGAAAAAUAUCCUCAGGUUUACACUAGUGAUGACAAGUUUCUCAUAGAUGUUGAAUCAGUGGAAGUGGAUAAGAAGCAUUUUAUGGAAGCCAUGUCAACAAUCACUCCGGCUGCCCACAGAGGUUCAAUAGUGCAUGCUCGACCGUUGUCACCAGUUGUUGCCCCAUGUCUACAAAGACAUCUCCAGAAGGCCAUGAGUGUUAUAUCCGAUAUUUUUCCUGCUCUUGAAAUUUCAUCUGAAUCAACCAAAUUUUCUAUGCUUGUCUGCGGUAUUGCUCUUCCUCUUGUGUACAGACCUCGGCUUCUGUUAUGUGGCAUGGAAGGUGCUGGGCUGGAUCACUUGGGACCUGCUAUCUUACAUGAACUGGAAAAGUUUCCUGUCCAUUCUCUCGGACUUUCCUCUCUUCUCUCGGAUCCCAGUGCGAAGACACCAGAGGAAGCUUUGGUUCAUGUAUUUGGUGAAGCAAGGAGAACUACACCUUCAAUACUCUAUUUACCUCAAUUCCAUCUUUGGUGGGAAAAUGCACAUGAACAACUUAGGGCUGUGCUAUUGACAUUGUUGGCAGAGUUGCCAUCAGAUUCCCCCAUAUUAUUGCUUGGAACAUCUUCAGUUCAGCUUCAUGAGCUUGAUGGAGAUCCGUCUUCUGUAUUCUCUUCGCGUAACGUUUAUCAGGUGGAAAAACCAUUACUGGAGGAUAGAAGUACGUUUUUUGAUUGUCUGAUUGAAGCAGCUUUGUCUAUACCGUCAGAGGGAGCCGCAAAGAAGUCCCAAAAAUCUCUCAUUGUUCCUGUACUCAGUAAGGCACCAAAGGUGGACACUGGCCCCAAGGUCUCUGAACUAAAAGCUAAAGCUGAGGCUGAGGGGCAUGCCCUCCGCAGAUUGCGAAUGUGUUUACGUGAUGUUUGCAACCGGGUUUUGUAUGACAAACGCUUCAGUGCCUUUCACUACCCAGUGCUAGAUGAAGAUGCCCCAAACUAUCAUGCAGUCAUUCAGAACCCCAUGGAUAUGGCUACCCUUUUACAGCGUGUUGAUGGUGGCAAGUACAUAACAUGCAAGGCCUUCUUAGAAGAUUUUGAUCUCAUUUUGGCAAAUGCAAAGAUAUAUAAUAGGGAUGAUUACAACGGAGCUAGGAUCGUCAGUAGGGCUUAUGAACUUCGAGAUUCAGUGCAAGGGAUGCUAUCCCAGAUGGACCCAGCAUUGGUUGCUUUCUGUGAGAAGAUUGCUGAAGAUGGUGGUCCACUGUCUCUGCCUGAAGAUAUUGCUGGAUCUUCUUUCCACCAUGUUCCUAUUGUUCAUAUGACUAGGGCUAGCGCACGUCUUCGUCAUGUCCAGCCAGAAGUCAAUGUAGAUCAGAGCUAUGAAGCACUAAAACGCCCAAAGAAGAAUGUCGAUCCUUCACAUGCAGCAGUAUCAACAGCGGACGAAGGAUCUCUGCCUCAAGAACCAGCAGUGGAUGAACAAAAUGAUCCAAAGCCUGCAAGCUCGCCUCCUGGUUGCAUCGAGGUCGAAACACCUUCCUAUGAGGUUAAUGAGCCGAAAUCGCAGGAUGCUGUCAUGUCAGAUGUGGAGAAUGACAGCAAAAUCGAUUCUGCCAAGAAGCUUUUGUUGGAUGGCACGGCCGAUUAUGGAGUUCCACAGCUAGAAAGGCUGUAUACGCGAAUCGUAAAAGGUGUUUUUGAGUUGAAAAUUGUUGAACACGACGAUCACAAGUCUCCAGUUUUGAACUUUUUGUUGAAGUUUGCCGAAAACGAGGCUAAUUUUUGAUUAUUUUUUCCUGGUGGAUAGAUUUUGGUUGUUUUUUAAUCCUUAUAAAUUUGAAAGCAUUUUGGUAGAAUUUAAAUUGAAUCUAAGUUUUAGGAGAUGAUUUCACUGUGUG